AUGCGAAAGAAAGUCCUGGUUUAUGUGAGUUUAUCGCUGUUUGCAGCAUGGGCAAUCUUAGUGACAACUUUUCACCUAAUUUUUCCACGACGACUGCCUGAAUUGUUUUACUUGUAUUUAUUCGUUAUAUCGUUCGGCUUGGUCUAUAACGUGGCUGUUUAUGUGAAAAUUUUUUCCGUAAGUCGAAAAGCGACAACUUUUCAUGGUGAGAACGCUCAAUCAAGGAAUUCUCAAUUACAGAAUGGACUGUCUGUGGUUGAAAAGAAAGGAGAGACAGGUAAGAAGAAUUCUGGACUAAACCCAGGCAACUUUUGAAUUAUAAAUCUCAAACUCAUUAAUAAUUAAUGAUAAAUUAGCCAAGCAUAUUUUGCUCACAUGUGAUAAUACUGGAUGUCACGGGAUACCUGGUGAUGUAUAUUGAUCCAGACUGGAUGAAAAUAAUUCAGUCCUAGCUUGGACUGGAUCAAAAUUAAUUCACCUCACUUUAAGUAGUGAUAUAUUCGUAUGUGAUGUCACUUUAAAUCUGACUUUGAGGACUGGACUAUAGAUUUCCUCGCAUUUUUAUUCAGUUUUCGCCUCGGACUUUAUCAAAUUGCGCGGACCUGAAAUCUAGUCCAAUCCUCAUAGUCGGAUUUGAAAUAUCACAUUGCGUAUUCAUAGAAUCAUGAGGUGUUCAGUUGACACAGUGUUAGUGUCUUUCGCCUCUGUUACUGUGGUUCGAGGUAUAUGCAGUUGAUCACAAUUGCCCGUAAGUCGUAUGUGAAAAUACACCACAGCUAGGUCACAAACACAUUUGGUAUUGUCAGGAUACUGCAGUUUCCUCUUACAGUAACACUGGACCAAUAAGCUGUGCUUUUAAAUUACUGUACCUCUAUGGAGGAUAGAGGACUAAUAGAUCUUAUCCAGUAUAAAUAAAGUUGGUUUUAUGUAGGAAUUAGGCUCCCUCUUGUAAGAACACUGGAUCAAAAAAAGAUUCCUCUUACUGGACAUCUAGGAUAAAUAAAGUGACGCUGGACCAACAAGAGACGUAGAGUAAGACUGGACCAAUAAGCUGUGAUCUUAUCCGAUAGACCUUCUCCAGUAUAAAUAAAGUUGGUUUAAUUUAGGUUGCCUCUUGUAAGAACACUGGAUCUCUCUCACUGGACCUCUAGGAUAAAUGUAGUAUAUGUUUCCUCCAGUAGUAACGCUGGACCAACAGGAGACGAACCUUAGCAAGCAUAGUGUUUCAUCAACUCGAUCUUUUCUAUGUUAGCAGGUACAAGCAUGGACUUAAAUACAGCCGACAACAACAACAAUCACAAUGGAGAAAUAACAGCACCAACGUACACUGACACACCGUGUCAAAAGAUGCGAAAGAAAACCUACAAUGCAGUGCAAAAGUUCAAGUUAACUGCUAAAGAAAAGAAAACCAUUUUCCGAAUGUUAUGCAUCAUUGGAGUGCUAUACUUUACAUCCAUACCAAUUCUGGCUGCCUUUACGUAUGUAAUCGUGAGAGGAACGGACGGUGUUUAUGUUAAUUACUUAUUCCCGUGGGGCGUAACAAUGACUUUUAGUAGUGGAGUAAUUAAUGCGUAUAUAUACUGCUAUAGAAACGAACAUUUUCGGACACGCAAGCCAACUUUUAAGAGCUCGCCAGUUUGCUCGUCUGGUAAUGCAAAUGAUAGUCACGCUGGGCAGAGUCGAUCGCAACAAAACUCCACUAAAAAAUAGCAUUGAUCGCGGUUUUCAUCGAUAAUGCGUUUCGAUUCUGGGUUUAGCUUGUGAUAGUUUAGUGAAUACCGACUUGUCAUGCAUCAAGCCAUGCCUUAUGAGACCUUAUGAAGCCAUGCCUUAUGAAGCUGAUAUGUGGGCAAUGAGGAAAAGACUACUUAUAUAGAGAGGACUGGGAUCAGAAUGUAAUAAUGGAUACAGGGAAUAUCACUCUGAGACGAGGACGUUAAAACAGCUGCAGCCUAGAAUGUGUAGCCAAGAAAUGAGAAGCAAGAAUGAGAUGAUUGAACAUUUGAUUACAAUGGAUGAUAGAUUAUUAAAGGCGAUUGCCAAUCAAGCUAAUUAAGCAUUCCACACAUUCAGCUUUAGAUAUGGUGCGACUUUUUCAAACAACUUUAUUUACGCGAUUUCACACUUGCCAUGAUACGUUUACAAUCCAAAUACGAACG